AGUAAUUUGCAAAAGCUUUCAAUAUUUAAAUAUCAAUUCAGGAUUAGAGAAGUAUUGUUUACAGAACUGCCGAUUUCAGUUAAUAUUCGCAUAACAAGCAAAUUAUUUCGCAGCCCUGGUACAAAUCAGCUGUCUUAAAAUUUCAGCGCCUAAGAAAUUUAGUGUUUUGCGUUUUAAAACAUGCAUAAGAGAUUUUGCAAAUUAGCAAAUGAAACAAAAGAAAACGACAACAGCGGCAACAUCACACAGGCAAAUGUAAAUCUGGAAGGAAAUAAGUCAUUUGAGACUAAGAAAUAUGUAAAACAGAAGCAAACACAAUCUGUCGAGGCGAAUAUUUCCGACACAAGCAACGAUGAGCUCCAGAAAGAUCAUGUGGAGGAGAGUUCCAAAUGGCUGCCAAGUCUUAAGAGAUACAGUAGCGAUUCCAUGCCUCCAAAAUUAAUGCACCGAAGGACGUACCAGUCGUUGUCGAUCUCCAUUACAACUAAAUCUCAGUCUCAAGCCCAGCCAAAGAAUAUAUUUGAUGUAUCUACCUGUUCCUCUCAAUCACCAAUACAAGAUCAAUUGGAGGAGGAGAAUCCCAAGUGGCUGCCAAAUCAUAAGCAUUACAAUAGCGAUCCCAAGCCUCUAACAUCUAUGCUGCACAAUAAUUAUCAGCCCUUAUCUAGCUCCGUCACAGCCAAAUCUCCAUCUGAGACUAAGCCAACAAAUGCAUUUAAUGUAUCCAACUGUUCCUUUGUAUCACGGAAACGCACACCAGGAGAAUGCCGAGCUGUCAUUAACAGUAUUCGAGAAACACUAACAGCACUAAACCGCAACCCACAAUCUACGAAUUGCAGACCACCAUUCGGCCAGAAGGCAAAUGGAAAUCUACAAGGAAAUCAAACACUUGUGGCUAAGGCAAAUUUGCAAAAGAACCGAAGGCAACGCGUCGAUAAAUUGGAGGAUCCCAAGCUUCUAAAAUUAAUGCACCGCAGGAGGUAUAAGCGGUUGCCGAUCUCUAUUACAACUAAACCUCAGGCUCAAGCCCAACCAAAGAAUAUAUUUGAUGCAUCCAACUGUACCACUCAAUCACCAACAGCAAACCCUUGUACAUCUCAACAAACGCUAAAACCAUUAAAAAGCAACGAGACUAUGACUAAACCACUUUUGGAUUGCACGCCAACCAUCUCCCCAGUGGCAAAUAUGGGGAAGAUGGUAGAUAGGCAGCAUAUUCCACAAAGACUUGUUCAAAAGAAAGAGCGUUGCACUAAAGGUGGAUAUCUAUAUGAAUUCAACAGCCUGAUGCUGAACGAACGCAUGGAUCGCCGCAUGUUGGCUCACAAUCCACGUCUGGGCAUAAGCUCAGGCCAACGCGUCCAAGUGCUGGCCAUAUCAGAAUCUUUUGGUGUGCGAAUGGCACAAGUAAAGCCAAUAAAUGGGGAACAGGAUAAGGAAAAUUUUAAUAUUAUAAUCUCGCCUGCCAUGGCAGCUGGCUUCCGUGUGGGCGCUACUGUGGAACUUUAUUUUGACUUGAAGCCCGAGACAGCAUUAAAGCUCCCUAAUAACGAGCUGGUUUACGUACAACCAAAUAAAUUACUUUUAUUAUAAUUUACGUAUUUUGUGCAGACGCCGGGCUGCGUUGCCGUUGCCCUGUGCUGGCUCAUCGAUGAGGCGUGACUCGUCCUCA